ACAAUCAAUAUGGAACAUAAUCGAAUUAACAAAAUCCCUAUCGGCAUAUUUUCACGUGCGACAGGACUCACGAAGCUAAAUUUGAAAGAAAAUGAACUGCUGUCACUGCCACUGGAUAUGGGAAGCUGGAUUUCUAUAACGGAAUUGAACCUCUCAACAAACCAGCUAAAAGUGCUGCCUGAAGAUAUUGAGAAACUUGUCAAUCUUGAGAUUCUUGUCUUGUCAAAUAAUCAGCUGAAGAAGAUGCCAGCACAGAUUGGGAAUCUUAAGAAAUUACGAGAACUUGAUUUGGAAGAAAACGAUCUUGAAACUGUUCCCAGUGAAAUUGUUGGCGAGAAUUCGCUUUCAUCCAUACCCGAAGAGAUUGGUCAUCUGGACAAUUUGAAGUCUUUAUAUCUCAACGAUAAUCCUUCACUGCAUAAUUUACCUUUUGAACUUGCACUGUGUUCAUCGCUGGAGAUUAUGUCAAUCGAAAAUUGCCCACUGAGUCAAAUUCCGCCGGAAAUUACCGCUGGAGGACCCAGUCUUGUCAUACAGGUGUGUUUAAAUAUUUAAUG